AUGCAGGUUGCUGGGUGCCCAGAAUUCUCCAACAGCAGAGGCUACUGCUUCCCCACUACCAUGGACACCAACUUGUCCCAGGACAAUGGUACUCAGCUCAACACCACCUUCCCUGAGCCACUGCCUAUGCUCCAUAUACUCCUGCCAACUGUGUACUCCAUGAUCUGUGUGGUGGGACUGACUGGCAACUCGGCUGUCAUUUAUGUGAUCCUGAGGGCACCCAAGAUGAAGACAGUGACCAAUGUGUUUGUCCUGAAUCUAGCCAUCGCUGAUGUGCUCUUUGUGCUUGUGCUCCCAGCCAACAUUGCUGAGCACCUGCUGCAGCGCUGGCCCUUUGGGGAGUCAUUCUGUAAACUGGUGCUGACCAUUGACCACUACAACAUCUUCUCCAGCAUCUACUUCCUGGCUGUGAUGAGUGUGGACCGCUACCUGGUGGUGCUGGCCACUGUGCAAUCUCGCCGACUGUCCAGGCGCACCCAGCGAGGGGCAAAGGUUGCCAGCCUAUGUGUCUGGCUGGGUGUCACCAUCAUAGUCCUGCCCUUCUUCUCCUUUGCCCGAGUCUACAGCAAUGAGUUACAGGUACCCAGCUGUGGGUUGAGUUUCCCAAGGCCUGAGUGGGCCUGGUUCCAAGCCAGCCGCAUCUACACAUUUGUUCUGGGCUUUGCAGUGCCUGUGUCUACAAUCUGCGUGUUAUAUGUAGACCUGCUGCGUAGGCUGCGUUCCAUGAGGCUCCACUCUGGUGCCAAGGCUCUAGGCAAGGCCAAGCGGAAGGUGACUGUCCUGGUCCUCACUGUGCUAGCUGUAUGCCUUCUCUGCUGGACGCCCUUCCACCUGGCCUCUGUGGUGGCCCUGACCACAGACAUGCCCCAGACAUCCCUGGUCAUUGGCAUCUCUUAUGCCAUCACCAGCCUCAGCUAUGCCAAUUCAUGCCUCAACCCCUUCCUGUAUGCAUUCCUGGAUGACAACUUCCGCAAGAAUUUCCGCACCACAGUCCUGUGUCAGGAGGCCUGA